AUGUAUCGGUUACUUGUUACGGGGCCGGCAGGAAGUGGCAAAGGCACAAUUUGCCGAAUGCUCUUGAAAGAGUAUGAGAAUUUCAAUUAUUUUUCCGCCGGAGACGUUAUCCGGGAUCAUGUGAAACGAGGCACAGAUUUCGGACAAAGAGUAGCGUCGUUCAUCAAAAAGGGAGAGCUCAUUCCUGAUAGCUUACUGAAUGACUUAUUAUUACAACGCGUAGUUCAAGCUGGAAAUAAAGUUAUAUUAGAUGGAUAUCCACGUUCGUUGCAUCAAGUAAAACUGGUAGAGGAAGUUGCUCCAAUUAAUCUUGUCGUAGAAUUAAAAGUACCCAAAAAAGUUUUAAUCGAUAGAAUGAGCAAACAAUUAGUUCAUCCAGGAUCAGGAAGGACAUACAAUUUAGAUUUUAACCCUCCAAAACUAGAAGGUAAAGACGACAUCACAGGUGAAUUAUUAGUCAAACGAGAAGACGAUGCCUCAGAGAUUGUGCGAAGGCGCUUAGAAGUUCACGAGAAGACAGAAGCUAAGGUCCUCGACUAUUACAAAGAUAAAGGUUUAUGUCUAUCGGUGGCAGGGGACACGUCUACGAACGUUGUUUCUCAAAUUUGUGAAGCUAUGAAUGAACAGUUGAAGAAGAAGCGAUUUGGUUAA